UUCAGCAACAGUUAACUAAAGUUCACUUAGUUUCUGGCCAAUCUUAGGCUUAGAGGCGGGGGAUAGAAAAUGUGCAAGAUGAUACAUAUGUGCCUCUGCUCCUCGGAGGAGAAGCUGCAGUCGAGUGUGGCUCAGUGAAAAAUGGUUUCUCUGACAGCAGCAUCUGUGGUGCCAGUGUCCCGCGCCAUGGCUCUGCUCAGUGUGGGCUGUUUGGCUGCCGCGCUCAUGGCUUACUUGUUGGUUCGCCAGCUCGUCAAACAGCGACGACCCCCCGGCUUUCCUCCUGGUCCAUCGCCCAUCCCUAUUAUUGGGAACAUUUUUUCCCUGGCGACCGAGCCGCACGUUUUCCUGAAGAGGCAAAGCGAAGUUCACGGACAGAUUUUUAGUCUUGACCUGGGAGGCAUCAUGACUGUGGUCUUGAAUGGAUACGACUGUGUCAAAGAAUGCCUUUACCAUCAGAGUGAGGUGUUUGCUGAUCGUCCAUCUCUGCCUCUGUUCAAGAAAAUGACCAAAAUGGGUGGGCUUCUUAACAGUAAAUAUGGCAAAGGUUGGAAUGAUCAUCGCAAACUGGCGUGCAACUCUUUCCGUUACUUCGGCAGUGGCCUGAGGCUGUUUGAAAGAAAGAUCUCGGAGGAGUGCAUGUUCUUUGUAGACGCCAUUGACGAACACAAAGGGAAGCCGUUCAACCCCAAGCACCUAGUAACCAACGCGGUCUCCAACAUCACCAACCUAAUCAUUUUUGGUCAACGCUUUACCUACGAUGACCGCGACUUUCAGCACAUGAUUGAACUCUUCAGUGAGAACGUGGAGCUGGCGGUCAGCGGCUGGGCACUCCUUUACAAUGCCUUCCCUUGGAUUGAGUAUAUGCCGUUUGGAAAACACCAGAAGUUGUUCCGCAAUGCUAUGGAGGUCUACGAUUUUCUGCUGGAGGUUAUAAAGCGCUUUUCCCACGGAAGGGUGCCUCAUGUUCCUCGUCAUUAUGUUGACGCCUAUUUGGAUGAGUUGGAGCAAAAUUCAGGAGAUCCUAGUUCCUCAUUUUCAUACGAGAACCUGAUCUAUUCAGUGGGUGAACUGAUUAUUGCUGGCACAGAGACCACAACUAACACCCUACGUUGGGCCAUGCUGUACAUGGCGCUGUACCCCAACAUACAAGAGAGGGUGCAUCGAGAGAUCGACAGUGUAUUGACCAAUGGAAGGGCUCCCACCUUGGAGGACAAGCAUAAGAUGCCCUUUGUGGAGGCAGUUUUGCACGAAAUCCUUCGCUUCUGCAACAUUGUGCCCCUGGGAAUUUUUCGUGCUACAUCCCAGGAGGCAAAAGUGAACGGGUACACAAUUCCCAAAGGUACCAUGGUGAUCACCAACCUCUAUUCAGUACACUUCGAUGAGAAGUACUGGAAUGAGCCAGGGGUUUUCUCACCACAGAGAUUUCUGGACAGCAGUGGCAACUUCGUGAGGCGAGAGGCCUUCCUUCCAUUCUCCUUAGGAAAACGCCACUGCUUGGGUGAACAGCUGGCCCGGAUGGAGAUGUUUCUCUUUUUCACCACUUUGUUGCAAAGGUUUCAUCUUCAAUUCCCUCCGGGAACUGUUCCAACAGUCACUCCCAAGCUAGGGAUGACCCUACAGCCCAAACAUUACUCCAUAUGCGCCAUCCGCCGCCAACAGAAAGUUCCCAAUUCUUGAGACGCCACUUAUUUUCUGUAAGCACAAGUGUGUGCAUUUAAGUCUUUUCCAAAUACCUUCCAGUGGGAUAGGUUAGACGUUUUUUUUCCAACUGAAAUGGAUUUUUUUUUGUGAGCAAUAUGCAUGUUUGCACAGCGCUUUCAACCACCAGAACUGGAGGGACAUCCGAGGAAGCCGAGAUUGCUAUCGAUUUGAUUCUUUGAGCUUUUGCACCCAGAAACAGAAAUGUCUGUGAACAUGGUGCAACUGUGAUGGCUCGGGUCAAUGAUUUAUACUAUGUACACUCAUAAUGGUUCAUAGCCCUUCUGUCCCUAGACAGAUUUGGGUCGGAUUGCUGACACCAGUCAUUUGAGCUGCAUGCUGGCAAAGUGGGACUGACAGACUUUCCAAGAAAGUUCUUCACGUUGUGUACUGGAGCUGGACAUGGACCAAGAUUUACAUCAUCUGGAUCAACUUUUGACUUGUUCUCCUGGGAUGUUGCUAUGUGGAAAAUCUUUCUCUUAGAAAGAUCCCAUUUCUUUUUCUUUUUUUCAGAAAUCGACUGUGCAAUGUUUCUGCUAAAUGGUGCUUAUCAGUGCUCAAUGUGCUGCAUUUAAGUGUAAGAGUAACAGUUUAUUAUUUUAAUGUAUUUGCAAUGUUGUGAGGUUUCUUUUAUAUUUUCACAAUUCCCAAAACUUACCUUGUCUACUUUUAGAGGUCUAAAGAUUCCAAAAGAAUAACUAUGGCUUUAAUGAGACAAUGGGAAAAAAAAAACUUUUCUUUUGCUGUUAUGUAAGCAAUGUUAAAUAGGUGAUGCAGGUUUGUAUGUAUUGUACUGUUUCAUUUUAAGUCAGGCAGAGUUCAUUUCCUAGUUUUGAUUAAGAAAAAUACCAAUAAGAUAAGAGAUUUUCCACAUUUAUAAUUUUGAUUAAAAAUGUAGAUAUACAUUAUCUAGAAUAACUCCAGUUUACCUAAAGAACAGAAUCCUGCAAUAGCGUGACCUAGAUAAAGGAAAAUCUCAGUUAAAAAAGGACAGAGGACGACUUUGCAUGGCUGGAUGUCAGGAGGUUUUAAAAAACCUGAAAAGGUGUAGGUUUAGGUCCUUUUUAACCACCACCAUACACAGAUGGAUUGGAUUUGUUGUGCUAUAUUGUGUGUUGAGGUCACAUUGUCCGUUGAUUUGCAACAAGGCCUUUGAAAUCCAGUUUUAACCCUUUGAGUGUCUAUAUUUUAGCUAGUUUUGAUGUCACAAACCUGGACCCUCUGAAAAUGAGAAAAAAAGAUAGGUUGCAACACGCCCAAUAAGAUCAAAGGAUUCAAACCCCUACCUCCCCUUUUAAGAGCACUUUCAAUCUCAAUUUAAAAUUACAAUGAUGAUCUUCAUACAUACGUAUGUAUUCUAGCUAUAGCUCCAAUUCCUGUUUUUGAUCGACUAUAGUUAAAAAAAAUGUUUUAACUGCAGGGUCCAUAUUCUAUCUGCGUAGUGACGUUGGGCUUUUUUACAUAGCAGUAAUUGUCAUAUUUGCUUGUUUAAAAAGCCAAGUAGAAAUUACAUAGAAAGUAGACCUGACACUUUUGUUUUUAGUCAUACUGUAAAGAAGUAAACACAGGGUUUCCCUUAAUUAGACAGGGCAUUCCCAAAUUAAACCUUGUGGGAAAAUUAUUUCUAUACUGUAUAGUUAUGCACUUUACUUGGUGUUUGUAUGUCUUUAAACUCUUAUAGCAGUCACUGCAUCUAUCUUUAAUGUUCAUUCAGACGGCGGCUCUGGAGUACUGGAACCAGCCCCUAGUGGUAAUUCUGUGAACAGCAUUUUUUUUAUGUAUACAUUUGCCUUUUUUGUGAUAACUGGUUUAAACUUUCUAUUUAGGAGUUUGGGAAGUCCUAGGAGAAUAAAUAUUUCUUUUCUAUA